AUGUUUAAAUUAAGAACCCAUACUGUCAAACAGUGGCUACUCUAAAGAUUUCGUAAAUCCGUCAAUAGUUAAUACAUUACAGAUCCAUACGAAGAAGUAUUUUAAUAUUAUAUAUGCAGGAAUACAAACAAGAAUUGGCGGAACUCUUUGCUAAAUUUGAUCACCUAGGCAAAGGGUAGAUUUAAAAAUACGAAUUGCUUACUCUUCUCAACAAAUAUGGAAUCAGUAUCAAUGAACAGGAAUUAACGUGUUAUAUAAAGCAAGCAAAUUCAAAAAGUGGUCGUUUUAUAACAACCGAAUAAUUCAAAUAGUGUGUUUUAUCCGAAAAAUCAAAACUCUUCCUCAAAAGGCUUAUCCAUAAAUCAAAUGAAAGAAACCCCCAAAAUUACUUUCCCACUGAAAUCACCAAAGUUUUAGAUUAAGUCCACUAUUUAAGUGAGAGGGGCAGGCUCUUAUCAUAAAUUGAAGACAAAUAAAUUCCUGUUGAACAGAAACUACAGCCUCUCAGUAAAUUAAUGAACCUCAGUCGUGAGAUCACAAUAACUGAACAUAGACCAUAAUAAAAAUGUCCUUUGAGAUUACCAAGAGCUCGAUCAACCUGUACUACAAAUUAUAACAGUUUAUCUACUGCAAUUACUGUGCCUUCUACAUCCAAUUCGAGAUUUGGAGAUAAUCGUUUAUCCUUUAGAAAGUAUCCUACGUAAUAUUGCGAAUGA